AUGACAGUGUAUGGUAUUUAUACAAUAAAUAUUAAAGUAUUAUUCAUAUGUUUAAUUAUACUCGGUGAAUUUUCGAAUUUAUCAUUACAAAAAAGUGGAUCUAGUUCUAAAACAGCAACAACUCGUUCACCUUCAAAAAAAUCUACAGCAAAAAAAAAACAAAAUGACGCAUUAAUUCCUCCUCCUGUUGUUGUUGAAGAACAAACAUGUUAUAAUAAAUCAAGUGGUGCUGCUAUUCGUUGUUUACCUGAAUUUGUUAAUGCAGCAUUUCGUCGUCCAGUUAUAGCAUCGAAUACUUGUGGUGAACGUUGGAAAACUGAUUCAACAAAUACUGGUACAGAAUAUUGUAUUCAAACAGGUCCACCACAUAGUGGAAUUUUCGGAGAUUAUUUAUCGGGUAAUGAACAAAAAAAUUGUUUAGUAUGUGAUAGUCGUGAUCCAUCACGAGCUCAUUCACCUAGUUAUAUGACUGAUUUUAAUCAACGAGAAAAUCUUACAUGGUGGCAAAGUGAAACAAUGCUCGAAGGAAUUAAUUAUCCAAAUACAAUCAAUUUAACUCUUAAUCUUGGAAAAACGUAUGAUGUUACUUAUAUUAAAUUAACAUUUCAAUCACCUAAACCUGAAAGUUUUGUUAUAUAUAAACGUACACAUGAAAAUAGUUCUUGGAUACCAUAUCAAUAUUAUAGUGCAUCAUGUAUGCUAACAUUUGGAUUACCACCAAAGAAAUAUCCAGAUUUUGAUACAGAAGCUAUUUGUUCAGAAGAUUUUAGUGAUUUAACACCAUUACAUGGAUCAGAAGUAGCAUUUGGUACACUGGAUUGGCGUCCAGGUGCAGUUACAUUUGAAAUGCGUACUGAUCUUCAAGAUUGGGUAACAGCAUCUGAAAUUCGUAUACAACUUGUUCGAAUGAAUACAUUUGGAGAUGAAAUGUUUGGUCAACCAGCUGUACUUCGAACAUAUUUCUAUGCUAUUUCAGAUUUAGCUGUUGGUGGACGUUGUCAUUGUAAUGGUCAUGCAAAUAAAUGUACAAAACAAGGUGGUGAUCAUAAAAAUGAAACUCGAUGUGAAUGUGAACAUAACACAAUCGGUCGAGACUGUGAUAUGUGUCAUUCAGCUUAUAAUGAUGCCCCAUGGCAACCAGCUGGAGUUAGUGAUGCACAUCCAUGCAAAGCUUGUGUUUGUAAUGGUUUUGCUAAAAAUUGUACAUUCAAUCGAGAACUUUAUGAACGUACAGGUCAUGGUAGUGUUUGUAUUGACUGUGCUGGUAAUCGUGGUGGACCGAAUUGUGAACGAUGUAAAGUCGGUUUCUAUCGAUUACCAGAAAGUGAAGGCGAAUGUUUAGCAUGUGGUUGUGAUCCUAUUGGCUCGGAAAAUGUUCAAUGUGCAACUAAUGGUCAAUGUCGAUGUAAACCGGGUGUAGUUGGUGAUAAAUGUGAUCAAUGUGCGCCUUAUCAUUAUAAUUUUGGAUUGAAUGGUUGCACUCUAUGUUCUUGUUAUGAACCUGGUUCUUUACAACCACUUCAAUGUAAUUCGAAAACAGGUCAAUGUAGCUGUAAAACAUUUGCUGAAGGGCAAAAUUGUGACAAAUGUCGACCGGGUUUCUUCAAUUUGGAUUCAAUGAAUCCGGAUGGUUGUACAAAAUGUUUUUGUUAUGGUCAUGCUUCGACAUGUCAAUCAACACCGAAUUAUUAUUAUAAUCCAAUAAAGUCUUCUUUUUCUCAAGGUGUUGAUGGAUGGCGAGCAAUAAAUCAAACAGGACAUGAAGCACCUCUUUAUAGUGACACUGGUAGUUAUAUUUAUGUUCAAGCAUUACCUGGUCAAGAUCUAACAUUUGAAGCAUCACGUAAAGAUUUAUUUUUGAUUGUUAACCUAUCUAAAAUUAUGAAAUUCUUUUUAGCACGUUAUUUGGGUGAUCGUACUUUAUCUUAUAAUCAAUUUUUAACAUUCAUAUUAAUUUUACGUGCACCAGCUAAUGUCAAUCGUAUGUACACACAUGCUGAUGUAGCUAUUGAAGGUGCUAAUGGAGCAAAAGUUGGUGUAGUUAUUUACGGAGGAGUUCCACAAACAAUUCCAUCGGAAGAACCUCUAACAUUUCGAUUUAGAUUAAAUGAACAAUCGUGGUCACCAACAUUAUCUUUUCUUGAAUUUAUGCGUCUUCUGUCAAAUGUUACUGCUAUUCGUAUUCAUGCUACAUUUGGUGUUGAUAAUGCUGUUAGUUUUCUUGGUGAAAUAACUCUUGGACAUUCUACAACUUCAACUGGUCUUUUUCCAAUUGGUAAUGUUGAAACUUGUGCACCAUGUCCUCAAGGUUAUUAUGGAGAACGUUGUGAAUUUUGUGCGUUUGGUUAUCGUCGACAACCUUCGUUUGGUGGUCCAUUUGCUAGUUGUGUACCAUGUCAAUGUCAUAAUCAUUCGUUAUCGUGUGAUGUUGAAACAGGCAAAUGUGCAUGUCAACAUCAUACAACAGGUGAUAAUUGUGAACGUUGUUUACCAGGAUAUUAUGGUCAAGCACAUCAAGGAACACCAGAUGAUUGUCAAAAAUGUCCUUGUCCUGCUGGUGUUUCAUGUACACAAUUGCAAUUACCACAAGGACAUGUUGUUUGUUUGAAUUGUCCAGCUGGAUAUACAGGUGAUCGAUGUGAAUAUUGUGAUGAUGGAUAUUUUGGUGAUCCAGAAGGUCUUAUAACUGGUGUAAGAAGACCUUGUGAAUUAUGUAGUUGCAAUGGAAAUAUUGAUCCAAAUACAAUUGGUAAUUGUAAUACAACAACUGGACAUUGUUUGCGUUGUACUCGUAAUACAUAUGGUGUUUAUUGUGAGAAAUGUUUACCUGGUCAUUGGGGUGAUGCAUUACUUGAUAUAAAAUGUCAUGCUUGUAAUUGUCAUCCAAAAGGAACUCAACGUCAUAGUGACAAUUCUCUUCUUCAAUGUAAUUUACAAACAGGUCAAUGUCCAUGUAAAUCAAAUGUACAAGGACGUCAAUGUGAUAUAUGCGAAAAUGGUUAUUGGAAUCUUAAUUCAGAUCGAGGAUGUGAAACUUGUAAAUGUAAUCCAAUUGGAGCUUAUAAUAUUUCAUGUUCUGUUAAUACUGGUCAAUGUUUUUGUAAACCUGGUGUAACUGGUCUACAUUGCGAUCGUUGUUUACCUAAUCAUUAUGGAUUUUCAAGCGAAGGAUGUUUACCAUGUAAUUGUGAUCAAUAUGGUUCACGUGAUGUUCAAUGUGAUAUUGUUACGGGUCAAUGUCCUUGUAAAGAAAAUUUUAUGGGACAAAUGUGUGACUUAUGUGAAGAAAAUAAAUAUCGAGAUGGUUUUGAAUGUCCAAAUUGUCCAUCAUGUUAUCGAGAAGUACAAAAACGUGUUAAUCGUUACCGGCGAGAUCUUAAUCUACUUCAAAAUGCUAUUUUAACAUUAAAUUCAUCUCAAACACUUAAUUCAUUACGUGAAGAUAAACAAUUAACAAGUGAACUUGAUGCAUUAACUAGUAAUUUAAAGAAUCUUAAAAUCGAUUUACAAAGAGCAGGACUUGUCUUUCAAAAUACAUCUGGUUAUGAUCAACUAGAUGCACAAUUUAGAUUAAAUGUAACUGAAUUUGAAGCACGUUAUCGCAAAUUGGAACGAGAAUUACCAGAGUUUAUUUCACAAAAUGAUCGAAUUCGAGAUAUUCUUCAAAAAUCUAAUGAUACUUCUCUAAUUGAUACAACAUAUCAAUUAACUCGAAUUGAAAAAUUAUUAUUAACUAUCGCACCAAUUAGUUAUAAAAAUGAUAAUAAACAUGAAUCUGCUAUUAAUAAAACAUUAAUUAUGCAAACGCGCAUUAAUAAUCUUCAUGACACAUUGAAAACAUUACAAAAAUCUUAUGAUGAGGCUUUAAAUCAAAAUCAUCUAACUGAAAUUUUUCUCAAUACAAAAUUAGGUAAUUCUGAAACAUUAGUUCGUGAUCAACUAGAAAACAAUAUGAAACAAAGAUUAGCAUCACUUGAUCUUCGUCGUCAAAAACUUUUAGAACAAUCAUUAAAUCUUCUUCGUCGUGUUGAAGAAAUGAAAAUUGCAACAGCUGAAUGGAAAUCUAAUUUAACUAGUUUAUCUGUUGGUCAAUCAGGUCUUACACUUGAUUUAUCAAAUGAACUUCGAGAACGUGUGACAAAAAUUUCUCAGGAUGUUAAGAAAUUUGAAGAUGACAUGAAAGUAUUUGUUAAACAAAUGUAUGAAUUACAAGAUAUGUCAAAAAAUUUUGAUCGAGAAAUAAAAGCUCUUCAAUUAUCUGUUCAAGAUGCUAUUCGAGAAACUCAAAAUUUAUUUGCUGAAGUUGAUCAAACUGAAAAUAAAGCUCGAGAAGCUAUUGAAAAAACAACAAUGAUUGAACGAGAUGUACAAAAAAUUCGUGAAAACCUUCGCGCAUUUGUUCAAGAUAAGGAUACACAAAGUAAAGAUGCUGAAACACAAUAUAAUCGUCUUGACACAAUGCAAAAUCGUACAAAUAAUAUAACACGACAAUACUGGAUAUUAAAUGAUCAAUAUCGUUUACUUAAUACAACAGUUUUUAAUGCUAUUGAAAAUCAUGAAAAACUUAAAUUAGAUUAUAAUAAUAAUGAUAUGAUUCAAAAUUCCAAUACAAUUAAAGAACAAGUUGAUGCGAAAUUAAUUCCAUUAAAGACUAAAACAGAUUCAAUUAAUAAUCGAUCAUCAAUUGCUCUUGAUAAUAUAAAAGAUAUAAAAUCUCAAGCUGAUAUUCAUGUUCGUCGUAUUGAAAAAGCUUCUGAAAUUGGUAAAAAUUUAACAAACGAUAUAAAUUCAGCUCGUGAUCAAGUUGGAAAAUUACUUGAACAACUUAAAUCAUUACAAUCAUCAUUAAAUUAUUCAACACAAAUAAAUAUAACUCAUUUAGAUGAAGUUGAAAUUGAAUUUCAAAAACUUUCAUUAGAUAACAUUUUUAGUGCUAUUGAUCAAUUUUAUUCAGGUGCUUAUUUUAUUAAAAAUCAAACUGAUCAAUUUAUUCUUCUUCAUGAUCAACUUGAUUAUCAAGUUAAUAAUCUACUUGAUAUAGCACAAUCAUUACCAACUGGUUGUUUUAAAACUGUAUCUAUUGAAAAUAGUGAUGGAACACCUGGAGAAAGAUAA